GGGCGCAGGGCCCUGUGAGGUUCCUUGCCUGUUGUCGGGCCGCUUGUUUAGCUGCUGCCGUCACCUCAUGGCGACACGGGUAGAGGAGGCAGCGCGGGUUAGAGGCGGCGGCGCUGAGGAGGCUGUGGAGGCCGGACGGAGCGGACGGCGACGCAGCCUACGGCAAAAGUGUGAGAUGGGCACCUUGGAAGAAGCCGGACUUUGUGGGCUAGGGAUGAAAGCGGAUAUGCUGUGUAACUCCCAGCCAGACAACAUUCUGCAGCACCAAGACUCCAGUUGUGGUGGCACAAGUACCAAGCAUUCAUUGGAAGAGGAUGAAGGUAGUGACUUUAUCACCAAGAACAGGAAUUUGGUGAGCCCAGCGUACCGCUCGAAGGAGGCAAGAGAGGCAAUUCCUGGGCGGGAGGCUCGGACUGAGCCCCCCGAUGGCCAGCAGGACUCGGACUGCAGCAGGAACAAAGAGAAGACCUUAGGAAAAGAAGUUUUAUUACUGAUGCAAGCCCUAAACACCCUUUCAACCCCAGAAGAGAAGCUGGCAGCUCUCUGUAAGAAGUAUGCUGACCUCCUGGAGGAGAGCAGGAAUGUUCAGAAGCAAAUGAAGAUUCUGCAGAAGAAGCAAGCCCAGAUCGUGAAAGAGAAAGUUCACUUACAGAGCGAACACAGCAAAGCUAUUUUGGCAAGAAGCAAACUGGAGUCUCUUUGCAGGGAGCUUCAGCGUCACAAUAAGACCUUAAAGGAGGAAAAUAUGCAGCAGGCCCGGGAGGAGGAAGAACGGCGUAAGGAGGCAACGGCACAUUUCCAAAUGACUUUAAACGAGAUCCAGGCCCAGCUGGAGCAGCAUGACAUCCACAAUGCCAAGCUCCGCCAGGAGAACAUGGAGCUGGGGGAAAAGCUGAAGAAGCUCAUCGAGCAGUACGCGCUGAGGGAAGAGCACAUUGACAAGGUGUUCAAGCAUAAGGAACUGCAGCAACAGCUUGUGGACGCCAAACUCCAGCAGACGACACAGCUGAUAAAGGAAGCCGACGAGAAGCACCAGAGAGAGCGAGAGUUUUUACUAAAAGAAGCAACAGAAUCAAGGCACAAAUACGAACAAAUGAAACAGCAAGAAGUACAGCUUAAACAGCAGCUUUCUCUUUAUAUGGAUAAGUUUGAAGAAUUCCAGACUACUAUGGCAAAAAGCAAUGAAUUGUUUACAACGUUCAGGCAGGAAAUGGAAAAGAUGACAAAGAAAAUUAAAAAGCUGGAAAAAGAAACAAUAAUAUGGCGCACCAAGUGGGAAAACAAUAAUAAAGCGCUUCUGCAAAUGGCUGAAGAGAAAACUGUCCGUGAUAAAGAGUAUAAGGCCUUUCAGAUAAAACUGGAACGCUUAGAGAAGCUUUGCAGGGCGCUUCAGACAGAGAGAAACGAGCUCAACGAGAAGGUGGAAGUCCUGAAAGAGCAGGUCUCUGUCAAAGUGGCAGAUGGGGACUUGGCACCCACGCCGCAGCCCUGUGCCACCCUGGAUGCCCACAAGGAGCCACACACUUCCUCGCGAGGAGCCCUGGGCGCACAGCUGCAGGCGGGGGUGGCCGGUGAGGGCGGGGGCCCUGCUCCCGGCAUCGGCGCCCCUGGCCUCGCAGCCCCCGCCAUCGAGUCUGUUGACUAAGGUGAAGCGUGCUCACUGCGAUGUUGAGAGAUCUAUUUUGUGUAUAACUUUCUCUGUUAGUAGUAACUAUUGGUUUUGUGGUGAAAAUUUUCUUACUUUUUCUACCAUAUCUGUAUUUUCUUAGAACUACUGGAUUUAUGUGGUACAGGAGGCUGCUUAGCAGUUUGAAUAGUUUUAUUCUAUAAAUUCCUGUCAGCUAUGUUGCACACCUGCCUCAGUUUCCCCACCAUUGGAAUGCAUGUAUUCACUGCCUUGUCCUUUCUCCUUCCUGCUCCUUGCAUAUAAUUUUCCUAAGUAAUUUCACUCAAGACAGGGCUGACCAUUCCGAAGGAACUCUGUUGUGAAAACAACAAAUUAAAACAUUUUGCCCCCCCAUUAAUAUUAUUUAAAAAUAUACCAAGAUGCUUAGUUUUGUCUAAUGCCAUAGAAAAAAUAAAACUCUAGUGUUGGGUUAGAAACAAGCAUAGCAUAUUUGAUUCAAAUGAGCUUUUUGGUAUUUGGCAUCACUUGACAAAACAAGUUGGCCACAAGCCUUAACCUCCAGGUUUUGGCAGAACAUGUACAUAGUUCACUUGUGAAGAAAGCAGUAUGAGGACAGGCAGCGGACACGACACUGGGCUCGGUGUACAAGGGGCUCCAGGCAGCUGGCUGCUGUGGUUCCAGGUUAGAAGCCGGCGUGCAGCGUGGCCCACCUGAGGCAGCCCUGCUCAGCUCCAGGUGGCGCGGGUGUGUGCCUCUCCACUUGCACGGAAAGACAUCUUCUUUGGCCGCUCCUAGUGGGGUUAGGACAGCAAGGGCAAACUCUCCUGUGGCUUUUGCUAGGCAAAAGUUCCUCUGCUACCUUUUGGCUACUUGAAUGUUGGUGUUCAUUUUCACAAGAGUCUAACUGGGGGG